GCUCCGGUGACAGGGGGACAUUUGGGACCUGAUCUGGGACCAAUCUGGGACCUUCCGAAAUUGAAAGACAACGGCUCGUCGGACCACAUUCUCACGGGAACCUCCUAUAUCGCUGCAUACGUAUACCACCGGCUGCCGCAGGCGAAGAUACGGCACACAUUUCCUCUUUCUAUGCUUCAAGUCGAACGUUUUUUCCACUUUCACCGGCACUUAAAAGAACAGGCCACACCAGUCAAAAUGUCCCCGCGCACCGUCCUCAGCCUUAUCCCACCUCCAAGCUUCUCUGACGGGGACUCUUCCACGCAUCCGUCGCCCGUCACCGGCGUCAACGCAUCCACGCUACGGAACUUUCUCAAAAAGUGUGGGCCGACGCUGAAAGCCAUAUACGAGGCUAAUCCCUCCAAAUGCCCUCUGACUGCGAGGAACGGGGCAGAUCGGAAGGUGGUGUUUUCGGCAGAUGCCGCUUUGGAGAGCUUACCCCGGGGCUAUGUGAUGAUUACGAUCCCCCGACAAAACACUACUACGCCCAAGGCGGGGGAUUCCUAUGUGUGGGGGCACCCAAGCGGAAUCAAGUUUCGGAGCGUGUCAGAGUUCUUACCCCAUCUGACAUGGCUCGCAACCAGCGAAACCCAUCAGGCUUCUGAAUGUGAAUGCAAGCCGUGCAUGUCAUGGAUAAGGGGCUCUACACCUAGGGUACGGAAGCGCACAAGCGAAACACCCGGAGAGUCGUCAAUCGGCGGCUCAAAGAAACCGAGAUUGAGUCAUCUCGGAAACAACACGAGUCCGAUUGUCGUUUCGGACACUGAAUCGGAGGCAGGGCCAGUUCCGUCGGAUCGGGUGCCAGCGGCUGGAUCUGCAUUAGCUGUCGCUUUUGCACAACGGAUGGCGAAAGAAGCGAAGGGAGUGAAGAAAUCGCCAACGAAACAAAGAACGCAGAGUGCCCUUCCCAGCGAAUCAAAACUCGCCCGCCCGAUCAGCCAGUCUGUUGGGUUCAAUCAACCAAUGAAGCACAGCAGAACGUUGAUCGACCCGAUCCAAGUGGAGGGACCGAAGCAGAGGCCAAACGCAUCGACGCGGACCGAGACCCUCUCUCCUGAUCUCGACGAUCCAUUAGAUUCGGCAUCAUUGUCUUCGUCUCCGGUCCUCCUAACGAAGGCCGCGAAAAUCAUGGAACGCACCCCAGCAAUUCACAGAGCAUCACUAACGGAAAGGAUACCCAGGAACGUCUAUGACAAAAUGAAAACGCAACAUCGGGAAGAGCUCAAGAAUUUCGUUCCAUCUUUCCGGACCGAGCCUUACUACCGCUUCGGCGACAUUGUAUGGAUCCAAACAUACCUGCAGCUGUCGUCUAGGGAGCCGAAUGUGCGGAUCCACAGUGGGGAUGAAGCGGUUGAUAUGGAUAUCAGUUGUUUGCAGGAUACAUUGUCCUACUGGCCCGCCGUCAUCAAUUCAGUCUAUACCACGACUGGCACAUCGGCGAAAGAUUCACGGGAACCCUUACGGAGGUUUUGGGCUACACCGAUUUUUGUUCAUGAAGACGAUACAGACGAUGAGACGCACCAGGUUGGCGAUGGUCCCAAACUGAAUGCUGGACUUCAAAUGAUCGCGACGCACCACUAUCCGAAUCCGCGCUCGCUUAUAAAAUGGGAUGGUCGAGGUUAUUCGGUGCGCCUCCUAAACACAACAAAACAGUUUACCGUCUUAGAGUCCCAAAUCGUCCCCUUUUCAGGCUACAUUCUCCCCCGCCAAUUUCGUCUCGACUAUGACUUGCUGGACAAGCUCGCGCAGCCUAACAACAAGAUCCUCAACGACCCAGUACUCGCAAUAUACCUCACCGCGGCAAACAAAGCAUACCACCAUGCCCGAAGCACCCUGGCGAUGUUAAGCCCCGCCCCACGCUUCAUGCCCAAUUUUCCAGGCUCGCUGCCCGACCACCUGACGUGGGACUAUAUGCAGCUCGGCGCCGAGCAUGUGCGCGUAUACGACCUCGUUCGCGUGCAUAUACCGCACCUAGCGACCGACGCGCGCAGCGAAGCCGAGUCCAAAUCGGGUGAGAAGACAAACACAGCACCGCCAGCACCGACACCCGCAAUCAACUUCCGCGUCGCCCGGGUCGAGCGCAUCAACUUUACACCGGACACCCACCCGCCCGUCAUCACAUUCAUCGUCCGCGUCCUACGCCCCGUCCGCGCCCGGCUACCGAACGACGCCAACCACCCCACCUUGUGCAGAAGCAAGAGCGGCGAUUGGGUUAUUUACGUCGUUGACGCUGCCGCGAAAGCUCUCGCCGCCGAGGUUAAGAGUGCGAUCAACGGUGGUGAGGCGCAUAGGAACGCUUCGCCUGCGACAGCGCCGACGACGGAGAAAGGCGUAUUUACGGUUGAGGUCCCCCAUAUUGUGGGGAGGUAUUAUCCCGUAAUGGGUGGGAGGGAUGGGUGGGUUGGCCCGAGGAAGUUGCCGGGGUUGGAUGUAGGACGUGCGGAGGUUGAGUUGGUUUAGGGGUUUGACUACCAUUGGUGGUGCUCUCGAUUGCGAUGGUUUUUGGGCUCGGGAGGAAAAUCGAUGGGGUUGCGCAAGGAAAUCCGUGGCUGAAACUACGGGAACGAGUGCACCUUGACCCCCUGACCCGGAUUGAGCCGGAAAACGGUGUACAGUAUGUGAACAUAAACCUAGAUACACCAGUGAUUGAGUCAGUGUCCGUGCGCAACUGCGGCGGCUGGGGCAAGGGGCUGUCCAAGCUCGGACGCGUGUAUCCAGCUUUAUGUUCACAUACUGUACA